CUAAUUGGUCCCCGCAGAUUUUAACUUCUGGUUCUGAUUAAAUUUCCAUAUCAAUUGAUUCAGCCUUGUCACCAACGUCAGCUUUUCACUGCCUCACCACUAAAACGUGCACUACCUCUACAAACCAGUCACAUCGUCAUAACAUCGCCACGAUAUUGUUACAAUAUUAGCUGUUUACCAAAUCUAGGAAGGAUCUCUCUAUUUGGAAUCGCAACAUGGCGGCGGAACAACGAAAGCUGCUAGAGCAGCUCAUGGGCGGCCCGCAAACCUCGCGCGCAUCCCAAGUCUCGCUGACCGAUCCCAAAGUCUGCCGCUCCUACAUCGUCGGCACCUGCCCCCACGACCUCUUCACCAACACGAAGCAAGAUCUCGGCCCGUGUCCCAAGAUCCACGCCGAGUCGCUCAAGACGGAGUACGAGGCCCUGCCCGAGCCGGCGCGCCAGAAGUACGGCUUCGACAUCGAUUACGCGCGGGACCUGCAGAAGUACAUCGAGGAGUGCAACCGGCGCAUCGACGCGGCGCAGCGGCGUUUGGAAAAGACGCCCGACGAGAUCCGGCAGACCAACGUGCUGCUCAAGACCGUGUCGGACCUGAGCUCGACCAUCAACUGCGGGCUGCAGGAGGUGCAGAUCCUGGGCGACCUGGGCGAGGUCAGCCGCGCGUACGAGGAGUUCUUCAAGGUGCGCCAGGCCGCCCAGGCCAAGAUGGAGCGCGAGCGCGAGCUCAAGACCCUGGCCGACACUAGCGGUCCGUCCGGCCACCAGAAGCUCCAGGUGUGCGACGUCUGCGGCGCGUACCUCUCGCGGCUCGACAACGAUCGUCGGCUCGCCGAUCACUUUUACGGAAAGAUGCAUCUCGGCUACGCGCAGAUGCGCAAGACGUACGAUUCCCUACCUAAGGACCUAAGGGGUAGGCCGCGUCCGGCACUCCAGGACGACGGCCCCAUGAGGGACGAGGGCGGUUACGGAGAUGGAUGGAAAGGAGGACCUCGGGGACCCCGACGCGGUGGCUAUGGAGGCAGAAGCGGACGCGGUUUCCGUGGUGGAUGGUAAUGCGGCAUCCAUGAUACCAAUGCAUACUGCGGAGUUUCUGGCGUUCGGGUCUGAGUGGUCAAAAAGUAGUAGACAUGAUAUCACUUUGGGACAGGCGGGCAUGCAAUACGUCUAAUAGUCCUCAAUUUCUGAGUAAUACAUAGCAUGCUUCUUUUUUCUCAUUUCAACGCUCUUUUGGUAUCUCUAAUG